AUGGAUAAAAUCAGCAUUGAGCCGUUUAAUCGAUUGGUGAAGCUCGCAGCUAGGGCUUUUUACGACGAUGAUAUAACUACAAAAGGGGAGAAUCAGCCCAAGAUUGGAAGGAGUGACAAUCGAGGAAUUGCAGUGGUGGUUUUGGAUGCACUGACAAGGAGGCAAUGGGUAAGGGAAGAAGAUCUAGCAAAGGUCCUGAAAUUGCAUUCCAAGCAACUACGCCGUACUUUGAGGUUCCUUGAAGAAGAAAAAAUGAUUACACGAGAUCAUCGGAAAGAGACAGCAAAGGGUGUAAAGAUAUACAAUGCCGCCGUGGCAGCAACAGCUGAUGGUCGUCACUCGGGUAGAGAAGGAGAUGAUAAAAUUAAGUUGCAUACCCACUCCUAUUGCUGUUUGGAUUAUGCUCAGAUAUAUGAUGUUGUGAGGUACAGGCUUCAUCGCAUGAGAAAAAUGCUAAAGGAUGAACUAGACAACAAGAACACUGUUCAAGAAUAUUCAUGUCCAAAUUGCCGCAGGAGAUAUACAGCAUUGGAUGCAUGUCGGUUGGUUUCUAUGGAAGAUGACUAUUUCCAUUGCGAAAAUUGCAAUGGAGAACUUGUAGCAGAGAGUGAAAAACUAACUGCUCAAGAAGUGGGGGAUAGAGAUGAUAAUGCAAGGAGAGGACGGCGUGACAAGUUGGAGGCCAUGCUCAAGAAGAUGGAGGCACAACUGAAGCCAUUGACAGAUCAACUCAACAGAGUAAAAGAUUUGCCUGUUCCUGAGUUCGGAACCCUCUUAGCAUGGGAAGCUCAAGCAAAUACUGCAAGAGCAAAUAGGGAUCUUAAUGGAGAUGAUCCUUCUAAAUCUUCACCUUUUCUCGGUCCGACACCUAUGCCAAACCUGGAAGACACAAAGGUCGAAGUUAAUAUCGAUGAAGCUAUUAAAUCUGAGACAAGUACACCUAUGAAAGUGUUGCCCCCUUGGAUGAUAAGAGAAGGCAUGGUUCUUACUAAGGAACAACGUGGAGAGGUUAAGGAAGAGGCUAUGGCAGAUAGUACGAAAACAAGUGUAAAAUUAUCUGAUGACAAGAAGUCUACAACUGAAAACAAUGAUGUAAAAAGCUAUCAGGAUGAGUAUCUCAAAGCUUAUUAUGAAGCCAUGCUUAAAAGGCAACGUGAACAAGAAGCUGCGAACCGAGAUGCGGAAUUUCCAGUUUCUGAUGUUUCUAAUGGUGCUUCUAGUACAACUGAAAGACAAGUGGGAAUGAAAUCUAAACGUGACGAGGAAGAUGACGGAGAUGAUGUUGAAUGGGAGGAGGCUGCUCCUGCUGGCACUGCGAACGGACAGUUCAAGGUUAAUGAUUUGAAUGUGGAAGCGGAUGCUUUGGUGGAUGAUGAUAACAAUGAUGACGACGACGACGGUUUAGAUUGGGAGGAAGGCUGA